GUUCCGGACCAGGACUGAGCUGGAGGUCUGGACCAGGAUGGAGCUGGACGGAUCCACGCGGAGCCUCCUGUGAAUCUGAGCUUCUCCUGCAGAGAGGAUGACCUCGGACAGCUGCGGAGCUCCAGAGGACUCCAGGAGCAGCUUCGGAGCGAUGCUGGGCUCCAACGUCUCCAAGACGCUGCGCGAAAGCAACGCGACGAAGAGCUGGAGCUGCGGGUCGGUGUCCGUGGGGUUCCCCAUCACCAUGAUGGUCACCGGGAUGGUGGGGAACUGUCUGGCUCUCCUCCUGGUCUACAUCUCCUACAGGAAGAAGGAGAACAAGCGGAAAAAGUCCUUCCUGCUCUGCAUCGGUUCUCUGGCGCUCACCGACCUGUUCGGGCAGCUCCUCACCAGCCCCAUCGUGAUCUCGGUGUACCGGGCGGACCUCCGGUGGGAGCGGAUCGAUCCGUCCGGGAAGCUGUGCGCGUUCUUCGGCGUGUGCAUGACAACUUUCGGCCUGUGCGCGCUCUUCCUGGCCAGCGCUAUGGCCUUAGAGCGCGCCAUGGCGAUCACCAACCCGCACUGGUACUCCAACCACAUGAAGACCAGCAUCACCAAGCAGACCCUGGUCCUCAUCUGGGUCCUGGUCCUGCUGUUCGCGCUGCUGCCCGUCGCCGGGGUCGGGAAGUACACGCAGCAGUGGCCCGGGACCUGGUGCUUCAUCAGCACCGGGGACAGCCACACGCCCGGGAACUUGUUCUUCGCCGUCACCUUCGCGGUUCUCGGGAUCUUCUCUCUGCUGGUGACGCUCUCCUGCAACGUGGUGACCAUCAGGGGUCUCAUCCUCCGCUGCAGGACCAAGUCCGGAGCGUCCGCGACGUCCCGCCAGUGGGAGCGGCUCACCACGGAGACCGUGAUCCAGCUGCUGGGCAUCAUGAGCGUCCUGCUGGUCUGCUGGUCCCCGCUGCUGGUGCUGAUGCUGAGGAUGAUCUCCACCCAGGUGUCCUCCCAUCAGUGUAACUCCACGUCGGUCACCUCCACCGGUGCCUCCAGUCAGGACUUCCAGCUGGACUGUAACUUCUUCCUGACGGCGAUCCGCCUGGCGUCCCUGAACCAGAUCCUGGACCCGUGGGUCUACCUGCUGCUCCGGGAGAUCCUGCUGAGGAAGUUCUGCAUCAUGGCCAAUGCCAUCUCCAACUGUUCCCUGGAGGACCAGAAGGAGACACCGACGGCUCUGGAUGCCAUGAACAAGCAGAACCAGGAGAACAAGAACCUUUGCAAGUCUCAGGGUAACUGAGAAGGUAGCUGCUGUCCUGGAGUCUGAGGACAGAAAUGAAGAAACAAUGGUUGGAUUGGACUUCUGUCCACAUGACGACAUUGUUCAGCAGCAGAUAGAGGAGCGUCUGUAGCAGCGGGAAUGAAAUCUAUGAGCAUUUGUUGAAUUCCAGUCAGAACCAGCAUGUGGACGGGAAUUCUCUCAUCGCCAUUUUGAACUAAAACUCCAGACCUGACUGGAGGAGGAACAUCUCAUGAUCAUCGUCUGAAGCCAUAAGCUAAACUCAACCUUUCUGUGAAUGUAAUUUAAGACACAAGCUGUAAAUUUAAGCUUAACUUAUGAUGUAAAUAUGUUGGACGUUGUUCCAAAAAAGGAUGAGGAAACAUUCCAAGCUGGAUCCGGUUGUUGUCUGAUUAUUUAUUGACUGAUGCUCCUGCCGGGUGUCACUUCCUGUCAGUGAUCGGACCCUGUGAUUGGUUUUCCAGGACCACUGAAUGUGAAGUCGCCAGUUUCCCUCCUGAAUAUGAAUUCUGCUAAAUUAUUGUGUGGGUUUUUUUUUUCUUCUUGAAAUGUUUUUGUGAUGUUGUGAGGAGGAGGACUGGAGAUGUGAGAAGAUGGAUCAGAGUUGAACCAUUUCCACUGGACUGAAGGAGUUUAAGAUGUAAGUUCAUUCUGUGCAAAGACGAGUACGACUACGUUCAGCCAAACGUUUUCUGAGACAGAAAAAAAGAUAAUUGGAGUGAAUUUUGACUGACUAUGAAAGCAGAGAGAUGGAGAUCUUUGGUUCAAAAGUCCAAAUCAUGAACGUCACAUACACAGCAGAUAAAAAGUCUUCAACCUUCACCUGGAAGUUUUCUCCUUUUACUGCUUCUCAACAUUGAAUCCUGGUUGAUGUAAUUGGUCUUUUUUGACAAGAAUUUACAAAACAGAUUCUUUCAUGUCAAUUAAAUACAUCUUCCAGUCAGUAGAUGAAUCUCCAGCUCCAUCAUUGGUCCUGUUGGUCUCCAUCAGUCUGAACAUCUGGGCCGCCUUCAUCUCUAUAAACUGUUAAACUCUGCCAGGUUCCUCAGGGAUCCUGAUCAACAGAACUUUUCUAGUUCUCAGCUGGAUGGAGGUCUGGACUCUGACUCCUCCAGAACUUCUACCUUGUUCUCUUCAAACCAUCGCUGAGGAUGUUUUCUGUUUGCUUCGACUCAUCGUCUGGAUGGAGAACUGAUCUUCUCCAAGUUUCAGUUCUCUUCCGACUGCAUCAGGUUGUCCUCCAGGAUCUCAUUUACCCUCUUCUACCUUUACAAGCCUUUCAGGUCCUGCUGCUGAGGAACACCAUGAUGCUGCCACCACCGUGCUUCACAUCAUGAUGCUGCCACCACCGUGCUUCACAUCAUGAUGCUGCCACCACUGUGCUUCACAUCAUGAUGAUGCCACCACCAUGCUUCACAUGAUGAUGCUGCCACCACCAUGCUUCACAUGAUGAUGCUGCCACCACCAUGCUUCACAUCAUGAUGCUGCCACCACCAUGCUUCACAUCAUGAUGAUGCCACCACCAUGCUUCACAUCAUGAUGAUGCCACCACCGUGCUUCACGCCAUGAUGAUGCCACCACCAUGCUUCACAUCAUGAUGAUGCCACCACCGUGCUUCACAUCAUGAUGAUGCCACCACCGUGCUUCAUGCCAUGAUGAUGCCACCACCAUGCUUCACAUCAUGAUGCUGCCACCACCAUGCUUCACAUCAUGAUGCUGCCACCACCAUGCUUCACAUCAUGAUGCUGCCACCACCAUGCUUCACAUCAUGAUGAUGCCACCACCGUGCUUCAUGCCAUGAUGAUGCCACCACCGUGCUUCAUGCCAUGAUGAUGCCACCACCAUGCUUCACAUCAUGAUGCUGCCACCACCAUGCUUCACGUCAUGAUGCUGCCACCACCAUGCUUCAUGCCAUGAUGAUGCCACCACCAUGCUUCACAUCAUGAUGCUGCCACCACCAUGCUUCACAUCAUCAUGCUGCCACCACCAUGCUUCACAUGAUGAUGCUGCCACCACCAUGCUUCACAUGAUGAUGCUGCCACCACCGUGCUUCACGUCAUGAUGCUGCCACCACCAUGCUUCAUGCCAUGAUGAUGCCACCACCAUGCUUCACAUCAUGAUGCUGCCACCACCAUGCUUCCCAUGAUGAUGCUGCCACCACCAUGCUUCACAUCAUGAUGCUGCCACCACCAUGCUUCACGUCAUGAUGCUGCCACCACCAUUCAUAGGAGUCUUGGUGGCCUCCCUCACUAGUCUCUUUCUCCUUCAGAGGAGUCAUAGGAGUCUUGGUGGCCUCCCUCACUAGUCUCUUUCUCCUUCAGAGGAGUCAUAGGAGUCUUGGUGGCCUCCCUCACUAGUCUCUCAUUGUUUCUCAGUUUUUAAGGCUAAGAAGAUUUUAAUUAUCUGACAUCACUUUGUAGAAUUCAGUUUCCACUUUGACAUGAAAGAGUCUUUUUUUUAUUCUUGUGAAAACAGCCAAACUAACUCAUUGUGAUUUAAGGUUGAAAAGCUCUAAAAAGAGAAAACAUCCAAGAGGUUUGAAGACUUUUUAUAUCUGCUGUGAUUUUACUAAAAUAAUAUUCCGGCCUGAUAUCUGGUCCUCAUGAUGUAUUGUGGAUAGAUGAGUACAGGUGCCAGCAUUUAGGCGUUGUAGCUGCAGGCUGAGUGAGUUUUUAACGAAGUAUUGAUUUCAUUUCAUCUGAUGAAGGUUUUCCUUGACAGUUUUCCAUAUUUUUCCCAGUUACCUUUCAUCCUCGUGGCCUCAGAGAGUCGAUGAGGAGGUGUUUAGAGCCAGCUGACUGGGAAAGGACGAUCACGACAUCCACUGAUGUGUAAAUCUGCUCUUUUCUCUCUGCUUUGUCUGUAAAACAUCGUCUCACUGCUGCAAACGUUUACAUCAAGAUCGCUCUAAGGUUUUUCAAGGAUUUGUGCGUUCGUUGCCAUGGUAACCUUCGGUUCACGGGACAAUCUCUCAUCACCAUGAACCAACAACUCUGCCUUCUCAUCACAUCAGCCACCAGAUCAGACUAACGCACUCGGCCUGUUGGGACGGUGAGAAUCACUCGCUGAUAACAGCCUUAUCAAAAAUCUGCAGCGUCCACGUGAAAGAAACAAGCGUUUAUCUGUUCAUCUGCAACCAGAGCUGCUGUGGAGUUUAUCUACUCAGGAUUCACCUCGUUUGCUGAAGGAAAACUAAAAGCGUGAAGGAAUUAUUCAGGAUUAUUUUAGAGCUCGUUGUUAGAAGUGAUGUAGAAAAAGGAAACAGCUCCUUCAGGACUGUGCGUUAGGAACAUUCCUUCAUUUACACUUCAGCGUUCACCGCCGAGGUUUGAUUCAUGACAAGAAAAACUGCCUUCAAUUAAAGUGAACUAAAGAUAUCAGUGAGAAAAUAAUGACCCAAAGGAACCUUAAAGCUGAACAAGGAGAAUUAUUGGACCAACUUAAAGAACAUGCAGCUGAAUGAAGGUUUUGAUGAGUAAAAUUAUUGCCUCUGCUUUAACUUAGAUUAUUGAAUUACUCCAGAAUGAGCUGCAACUUAAUUUUAAGAAAGUCAGUUUACAGUUUACAGUAAGAACUUUCUGUUCUCUCCUUUUCUUUACUCAGUAGCCUGGAAACUUCAAUUAUCUGAAAUUAAUUGUUUAAUUGUUGUCUGAAACCAUGCGACUGAAAUAAGUUCAUCCAGAUAAAGUUAUAAAGUCAGAUUAAUGCCACUGGUUUAAACUAGACGUAUUAUUUAAUUACUGCAAUAUGCAACUUGAUUUUAGGUUAAAAAAAUAAAUUUAAAAAAACAACUUGAAAUUUCCAGUUUCUCCAACUUAUAUAUUCAUUUUACCCAAACAAAAAUGCAAAACAUGAUUUUGACAUUAAACUUCCUGUUCUCUUCUCUUCUUUGUAAAGUGAAAAAGUAGGAAUUGUGGGACAAACUUAAAUUAAUUGUUUAAUAUGGAACCAUGUGACUGAAAUAAAUUUCUCCAGAUAAAGUUAUGUAGUCAGAUUAAUGCCUCUGAUCAUUUAAUUCCUCUAAAAUGAAGAGUAAAUCUGCAUUGCUGCAACUUCAUUGUAGGAAAGUAUAACUAAAAGUUUUAAAUUUUUCUAAAAUGAUUUGCUCUGUAUGAAUGUAAUGAAGUUCUUUCCUUUAUUUAACUGUAAAAAAAAAGAAAAGAAAGAAAGAAAAAGAGUAUUAUUGGACCAACUUGAAUUAAUUGCUUCAUUUGGUGACAUGCAGCUUAAUUAACGUUUAUCCAGAAUAAAGUUAAGGAAGAUGAAUUCCUCUGGUUUAAGAUAGAUAAUAGAUGGAUUUAAUUAUUCUAAAAUGAGCUGCAGCUUUAUUUUUAGGAAAGUCAGCUUGAAGUUUCCAAUUCAAACAAAAAUGAAAAACAUGAUUUUAACAAUAAAAUUCUUUUCUUUAUCAACUGAAAGUGUUGGAAUUGUUGCAUCAACUUAAAUUAAUUGUUUUAUUUGGUGACACUGAUUAAAUUCUACUCUUAAAAUGAACGUGCUUUGAAUGAACUUGAAAAAAAUCAUGGAAAGAAUUUCCACCAAAUUAAAUGGCUUUCUUUAGCCUCUUUAGACAUUAUCCAUUUCAGUUUGAGUAAUUUGAUUUACUCAAACUAGAUUAACUUCAACUUUACUUAACUUUACCUGACAAACCUAAAUUAAAUUGGACCAAUAGUAUGAAAAAGGUUCGAUCAACCUUUAGGAAAUGAAUGAAUUCAAACAAAUGAAGUUAAAUCGAGUUUGUUAAGUUGGAUGAAAAUAAUAUAUUCAUGCUUUAUGAAAGCAAUUUAAUCACGUGGAAGUUCUUUCCAUCAUUUUUUAAGUUCACUGAAAGAGUUGGGGUUUUUUUUGAAUAAUUUAAGUUUAUCCAGAUCUAGUCAACAAAUAAGUGGUUCAGCUCAAAUUGACUUAAAUUAUUUGAUUCCUUUCUGCUUAAGCUUAAAAAAGAGAAUAUUUGGAUCAACUUCAUUUAAUUACUUCAUUUGGUGGCACAAUAAAUGUUAGAUCUACUUAAAUUAUUUGAUUCCUCACUUUGUUUUGCUGCAAUUAAAUUUAAUGGAAGCUUAAAUAUUUGCUUUUUCCCUCCAAACUUAAAACAACUUUCUAGCAUUAGACUUGUAAUUCUUUAUUUCUGUUUAAUCUGUAAUUCGACUUAAGACAGCGACAUUCUGAAGAAACAUGGCCGUUAAUAAGAUGCUAAACCUCAUUUUCAGACAUUUGAUCAGCAGUUUAAAGGAACUAAAUGUGAUUUAAAGUUGACAGAAUCCACAACACUAAACUGACAUCAAACAGAAAGAUUAGUGAGGUUACAGCUUAAAUACAUGUUUUUUGUGUGUUUUUUUUUUACAGUGUAAAUGUGUUUUAUGAAUGUUUCAGGCUCCUUCUGCAGAGAGGAAAAUGGAAAAUAAUAAUUCAUCCAAAUAUGAUUGUUUUCGACCUCCUUAAUGGAGGCAGGAAGAGAAGACACGAUAUUUACAGCAAGAGCUUCACGUUUGUUUUUGGUUUUUUUUUUAUGAAAUAUGAAUCUGCAGCAGAAAUAUGAAGGAAAAACAUCUGCAGGUCCAGUUUAAGGUUAAAUAUUAACACUGAAAACUGCUGGUUUUAUUUAAAACUGAGCCAGAGUUUGAUUUGCUUUCUGCAGAAGAACGAUUCGCUGCAGAAUCAGACGUUCCUCCUGAUGUUCUGGAUGCUCCAGUUUGGUUUAAAUGUGGUUCCAGAACAUUUCAGCUUCCAGAGGAGUGAAAUCACUAAAUGAAUUAACGGCAGCCGGCUCCAUCGCUUCACUAAUAAAAGAGAUUUACUGAUGCCUUCAUGACCAGACGUCUCCAGAUACACUAUCAGAAGAGAUCUGAUAAAAAAAUAAAAAUGUCUCUGUGACAUUUUUCACUUUAGCUUAAACGAGGAUUUUCCAAGAAAGACAUUAAUGGAAAUGAUCGGACCAUAUCUGUUCAGUAAUUGGUGCAUUCUUGUCAGAUUCUGAACUUCAGCCUUUGUUGUUUCUUGAUUUUAUCUCUUCUCUGUAAUAUUAUGUAACUCAGACUCUGUCCUCUACACUCUAAAAAAGUCAAUCAGAAAACUUCCUGCCAGUAGAUAAUUAAAUGCAUGUUUGAAAGAUAAAAAUUAAACUCAAAUUUCUGUUCAAAAGAUUGAAGUUGUAAAUGAAUUAAUGUGUCUCCAGCUGAGUUCAAGAUUGCAUAAAAGCUUAAAAACUUUGGUUAUUCUACUGAUUAUUAAAUAGGUUGGUAAUUUUAAAAAUAACUAACUGUAGAGGAAAAGAUGAAUCUGCUAACUCAAUAUAGUUAAUUGGUCAAACAUAAUUUUAUUAGAAGUUCUCCGAACUCAAAAACAUUGAUGUAACUGCUUCAUUUUUCAGAAAUUUUACAUUUUUAAGUUGCAAACAUCAUUUUCAUGAGUUGUGACUGAAUAACUAAUAAUUGUAUGUGUAAUUUAACUCAAAUUUCUGCAUUAGUUGACAUAAAAUUAAAUUCAAGUUGAGGCAACUUAAUGAAAUUAGCUUUCUUAAUUUAUUUUUCUUCAAGACAAACCCAGUUUUUAUGAGUUCUGUUGACAUUAAAAUGCAUUUAACUUAACUUUGUCUGGAAUUUAAACUCACAUUUCUGUGUUGAGUAAAAACAACAUCCAAGUUGUAGUAAAUUAGUUAAAUUAGCUUGAUAGCUCCAUUAUUCUCCACAUUGAGGUUCUUAAAUGCUUAAAAACUUGUGUUUAUGCUGCCAGAUAUGAAGUAAUUUAAAAUACUACUGAUAACUGCUGACUCAUAGUUGGUUCAACAUGAUUUCAUUAAAAGUUGUCUGAACUCAAAAACUUUGAUUAAAACUGUUUGUUUUCUUGAACAUUCCUGCAUCUCUUUGCGAUUCUCCCUGUAAGCUUCCAGAUGUGUUUUUGCAGUUUUGCGACAGGCGUCCAUUUCAGAAACAUCUGGAUAAGAUCUUUCCAGCCGCUUGGUUUUGUGGCAUGAAGAAUCUGCAGACCGUCCAACACGUGGAGCAGCUCACUGAUAAACUAAAUGAUGAUCCUUUUAUCAGCAUCUUCAACUCAAAUUAGCUUGAAAUCUUGAUUCCAACUCAAUAAUCCAACAGUAGAACCAACAGUUAGAACAUAUAAAGGUUCCUGGAGCUGGUUUAAGAUUCAAGAUUCCUUUAAUGUCGUUGUCCUUUAAGUAUCUGCUUCCAUAGUCAAACAAUAUAAGGUUCUAAAAACUAAAAUAUAAGAAAAACCUUCAGAUAAAAAAAAACAGAUGACUGAAAGGAUGUAAUGAGCGUCUAAAACCAGCAGCAGGUUAAACUUAACAGAUAAGAAGGAUAAAGAAUGUAAAGAGAACCAGAUGGAGUCCAGUAGAACAGGUUUGUCCAACCACAUGAUGAAUUCCUGAUGUUCAUCUUCUUGUCUUUUGUUCACGUUCUGCCUUCUGCAACUCGUAACAAAGUUUCUCCAGAUUCUCACAAACUCUGAGACUCGAUUCUCAGACGAGGGCUAAACUUUCCGCUGCUUCCUGUUCCUGUAAUCGCUGCGACCUUCCGGUGUUUCUACCUUUGGUUUGUCUGUUCUGGAAGUUCUUACUGCUGAUGGAAACAGUGACGUGUCCUUUGGUUGUUUAACGUCUUUGUCUCAUGUGGUGACGUCUUGUACUUCUAUUAAAGGAUAUCAGCAUGUCUUUAUUGGCUGCUGAAGCACGUUUCCUGAUGAAAUAUGUGUACACCUGGUUAGUCUAAUGUGAACUCUGCUUAAACUGAACCAAGGAAUGUGUAAAACUACCAUUUUUUAUUGUCCUUAUUUUCACUGGUUUGUUUUUGAAAAACAAAAAAUAAAUAAAUGCCAUUCCAGAACAGGA